AUGCGACUUUCACAGCGUUUCCUUGGCCUGGUACGAGGGCGAGACGGACAAGCGGAAUGGAAAGAGGUCAGCCAGCUUCAUCUCCCCGACGGUGGCAAAAAGCUACGAUUUAUUACGAGGGGUCACAUCAUUGGCGCGGCGGUGUUUUUCUUCGUCGGAUACGCCUACAUCAAAUCGGUCAUCAACCCAGACUCCAUGUGGGGAAAGGCGGUCAAUAGUAUCCACGAGCAGACCGUACAAUGGACGGACACGCGGAGUGAGGAGGAGAAAAACGCGCCUAAUCUCGACCGGCUGAACAGCAUGAAA